AUGACGCUCUACUACAGUCUCGUCUUUCUGCUCCUCGUGGCCGAGAUGGCACUGUUCAUGCUUCUGAUCGUGCCCCUCCCAUUCACGAUCCGCCGCAAGAUGUUUACUUUCAUCUCCGAAAGUCCUCUAAUCGCGAAAUUACAAUACGGGAUGAAGAUAACCUUUAUCUUCAUCCUGAUCCUCUUCAUUGACAGCGUCAAUCGCGUCUACAGAGUUCAAGUCGAGCUCGCCGAGUCCAACAAGCAGCAAGGAGGAGCUGCUGUGCUCGGCCACGAACGCAUGGAAGUGCAAGCGCGAAAGUUCUAUUCCCAACGUAACAUGUACCUCUGCGGCUUCACCCUCUUCCUCUCUCUGAUCCUCAACCGCACCUACACCAUGAUUCUCGACGUACUCCGCUUGGAAGAGAAGGUCAAGAAGUACGAAGGUGACCCCAAGGCUAGCGGCAAGGCCAGCGAAAAGCUCGCUAAUGCUGGUGAUGCCGGUGAGAUUGGCCGCUUGAGGAAGGAGUUGAAGGACAAGGAUCGUGAUUUGGAGACCCUGAAGAAGCAGAGUGAGGGAUUGAGCAGGGAGUAUGGUGAUUUGAGUGACAAGUAUGGGGCUACGCAGGUUGAUGCCACUCCUAAGAAGGACAAAUGA